AAUCGCCACCUCUAAAUAUCAAUAUUAAGAGCUCAUAUUUUACCGAGGUCAUUUUUGAGGGACACUUGGAAGAUUUUUCAAUGUUCUUUGAAAAAAAAAAAAGUCGGUUUUUUUGACACACUCUACUGUAUAUUAAUCUCCGCAAGUGAAUUUGAUGUAUUUAAUGUUGUAUUCGCACAAAUUGUCCUAUUACACUGAUUACUGCUCAGAAGCAUAUUGUGAAGCCUUUUUUCUUCAGAUAUCUAAUUACUGAGUCAACGUACAUUCGUGAAAAUGUUUUUAAAAAAUCAAUAAAUUUAUACGUAUAAUAUCUGUACCUAAUAAAUUUACACCAUUAAACACCAUCAGUAAUUUAUACAUCACAGUGAAAUUUUUUUCUGCAAUUGAAGAAACUGAUUGGUACUUGAAAGUGUAUCUCAAUUUAGAACUUCUUUCACAAUAUCAGAAAAUGUGAUAUGUGGACUAAGCUCUAUGAAACAUAGUAAUACUUGUAUUGAUGCUAAAAUACACUGGACAUUAUAGCUUUCCUAUAUAAUUGUCGUUUUAUUCGAAGGAUAAAUUUCAACUCAUUGUCAAGCUGUUAUUAAAUUUGUUCCUUCGAUUAUUUUUCCAAUUUACUAUUUUCAAACGAUUGUCGCUUGAUUCGUACACGCGAACUAACUUUGAAGCUAUAAAAAAUGCCUUAUGCUUAAGAUAGAAUAUCUAUUUAAAAUACACUUUAAAUGCUAUCAUAGCGACUGACAAUGAGCACGUGGUUAUAUAAUACAUAACCUCAAAUUGUACCGAGUUUCUAACAGCGUGUAUAGGUACUGUGACAAUGAGUAGUAUGUUUAAACUGUAUCAAAAACUCUUACGGAAGUAUCCAUUAUGUGUCCAAUCGGUUCAAGCUGGCAUAUUAAUGGGGACGGGUGAUCAAAUAGCUCAAAAUUUUGUUGAACGUCGAAAGAUUGAGGAUCUGAAUUUCAUGCGCAGUGCACAGUUUGCCUGCAUUGGCUGUUGUUUGGCGGGUCCUGCAACAAAAACAUGGUACGGAAUUUUGGAAAGGUACAUUGGAUCGAAAAAUUCAGUGGCAGCAUUUAAAAAAGUUCUUUUAGACCAAGGCUGUUUUGCACCAGCUUUUGUAGCAGUAUUGCUAACAGUCAUUGCUACGAUGCAAGGAAACGAUAUUGAAGGAGUUAAGAAAAAAGUGAAAGCUGAUUACAAGGAUGUACUGUGCAAUAAUUACAAGCUGUGGCCAAUGGUUCAAUUAGCAAACUUUUAUUUCGUUCGACUGGAGUAUCAAGUGUUGGUUGUACAGACAGUCGCUCUCUUCUGGAACACCUAUAUAUCUUACAGGACAAACAGGGAUGUUGAGCGUACUCAUAAAAAUGUAUAAUUAUAUUGAAUGGUAUAUCGAAAAAAUAAUACGGGUCUUGCCAUGUCGUCAUUCUCAAGUAUCAAGUAUUGUUGACCAUUUACUACAAGGAAAGUAUGAAGGUGAUUUUUAAUAUAAAUAUUAUGGAUCUGAAAUCUUAAAAAUCAAGAGCCCCAUAUGGACAUCUCAGGUAUUUAACAAGAAUAAUUAAAAAUUAUCUUAGAACCAGCACCUGAUACGAUUUUCUUUUUGUUUCAUUUAUGUUUCAACCAUAAAGAUAUAUAACGCGAAUAAUGUAAAAGAUAAAUGGAUCUAUGUUUGCCAUUAAUGAGUUCAAAAAAUUCGUGUCAGUAGAUUGAAGGACAACUUGUUUUAUGCACUGUGGGAAUAUUGCAAUGUUCCGUUCUCAGUUGGCACUGAAUAUGCUAAUUAUGCUUUUCAUUUAUUCACGUAUGAAAUAUGUAUGUAAGAUGGCAGCAUAGUGGCAGUUUCAAUGUCUUCUAAGUCCUUAAUGACGCCUUUUUCGAAAGUAGAGCAGAAUAUGCAAAAAGCAUAUUUUUUAUAGCUGGACAGCUUCCAAUAAGUUAGCUAAAUUUUUUCAACUAAAUUGGUAGUACAAAGCCUUGUAUGUAUAUCGGGUAAUAUUAUUUGUGAUAGUAUGUGCGUCGAUUGUUUCAUAAUUGUAAGAUAUUAAUGCAAGGUCAAGAAAUAAAGAAGCAAAACAAUUUACUGUUCACAGCCCACUGGGAAAAUACUGUUGUUAUGUAACGAUUUAAUAGUCUGAAGAGAUUGCAGGUAUCUUAUUAUAGAAAAAUUUAAUAUUAGGAAUGUUUUACAAUUCAACCUGAUACUUUUUCUGGUAGGUGUGUUGAUAUCUUAAUUUUAAACCUAGGUGUUAUAUGUCCAACUAAUAACAUUGUUGUAUGUAUUGUAAUUUUUACUGUACUACAAAUGUAUUGCUAUCUAUAUUAUUUGUAAGUUGUAAAUUCGGAGGUACUUUUAUGGUCCAAUCUCCUUCAAUGAAUAAUGUCGCACUGACACUGAACUAACACAAUGAAAGUACAUAUUCGAUAAAUUAUUUUUUAUAUGAUCUGUUCAUGCCUUUAUCAAGUUGAAGGCACAAAUAUACAAAGGUCUAAAUCAAAAAUUGUAGUUUUAAACAAAACGAAAAAAAACGUGGGAAAGACAGUCUUACCUCUUCGUAAUGCCUGUUUUUUUGAGGAGCGGAGGGAGGGGUACAUCGAUAUUUUUUAAUAAACAAAUGUGGAUUUAUUCGUAAAACAUGUAAAACGAGUCUCCUUCACUGGAAUAGGAGUAACUUAAAGUUGAGAUUUAACUUAGACCAUUAUUUCAUCUAUGCCUUCAACUUAUUGAACAUGUUCCAAGUUUUUCACGAUUUCAUUGAAUUGUUAUAAUAGAGAUUUUUUACAUAUAUGCCUCGUAUAUAUUUUCGCAUGGACAUUUCUCGU